AUGGCAUCCAUCGCUCUCCCUCAAGGCUUCGGCCAUGUCACUACGGCUAUCGUUUCUUCAACUUGGCUCCUUGUUUGGCAAACUAUCCUUGUUGGCAGAUUCCGCAGACGAGCUGGCAUCGACUACCCCCAAUUGUAUGCUGAAACAGCGGAGAUGAAGGCGUCGAAAGAUGCUACUCUCUUUAACUGCGCGCAACGUGCUCAUGCUAACACCCUCGAGACCUUGCCCGUCGUGCUUCUCUCUACCCUGGUGGCUAGCUUAAAGAACCCUUACUACGCUUCAUACGCUUGCGGUCUCUGGGUCUUCGCCCGUAUUCUCUACACCCUGGGUUACACCACCGGUGAUCCUGCAAAGAGGAACACUCGCGGAGGUGGUCUGGGCUCCUUGGCUAUGUUGGGUCUCCUCGUUGGUGCGACAUACACUACAUUUGACCUCGUCCGGUCUGGUCUUUAA